GGCCGCCUAGUGACUCCGCUGCCUCGUGAGCGUGCCAGUGCCUCGUGUGGGCGUGCGUCGGCAGUGUGCGGGUGUGUGAGUGUGAGUGAGUGGGCGUGGUGGUCGCGGCCGCACCGACGAGCAGAAUUAAGUGAAGAGAAAGAGUAUUGGAAGGAAAAGAACUAGUGUGAUAUAGACGAAGAAUUAGGAAAAGAAGGAUUAGAGUGAUAUAGACGAACAGUUAAGAAAAGAAGGAUUAGUGUGAUAUAGACAAACAGUUAAGAAAAGAAGGAUUAGUGUGAUAUAGACAAACAGUUAAGAAAAGAAGGAUUAGAGUGAUAUAGACGAACAGUUAAGAAAAGAUGUAUUAGUGUGAUAUAGACGAACAGUUAAGAAGUGUGAUAUAGACAAACACUUGGGAAGAAAAUAAUUAAAAGAGUGACAUAGGCGAAGGAACAAGAAGUGACAUACAUCUUAUUGACUGUUUGGUGAUUGAUUCUGUUGGUGAUGAAGUGACUGUGUUUGGUGGUGUUGUUGUUGCUAGCGGUGGUGACAGUGGUGGUGGUGUGGUGUUGCUACGUGACGGUGUUGCUGAGAAGGGUCUCCACAAUGCUGAAACACGUGGGUCAAUACCGCUCCACGACCUCCCUGGCCCGCGCCCCCUGCCCCGCCGCCCCCGCCGCGCGCCCCCGGGACCCCUCACCCUCAUGCCGGGCCACAGGGGGCGGGGACGAGGACUCAGCCAGCUCCCCGGAGGUCCUACGAAGGAGUCUGAGCUUACCGGGGUCCUACAGUGACUCGAGUUCACCGGAGUGCCCGAAGAGAGUCCUUGGGAGAGUUGAGGUCCAGAAGGAAGGCCUUAGACAAGUUGAGGAGCAGAAGAAGGGCGUUAGAGAAGUUGAGGACCAGAAGAAGGGCGUUAGAGAAGUUGAGGACCAGAAGAAGGGCCUUAAACAAGUUGAGGAACCGAAGAGAGUCCUUGGCCAUGCUGAUGACCCCAAAAAUGUCCUUACCGAAGCUGAGGAUCUGAAGGACAAUAAACCAGAUGGUAAAGCAUCCUCAGAAGUCCCAAAUAAUAUCCUUCAGCAAGUUGAGGACCCGAAGAAAGUCCUUGAGGCCACAAAGGAAGCUAGCGUAGGAUCCUUAGAGUCCAUGACAGUUCCUGAAGCUGAGGACUCGCGGGAUGAGGAUUCGAGCUCCCCAGAAGUCCAGAAGAAGGGAAUGGCGCGUCCUUCCACCCUCCCCCGCCGCGCCAGCCCCCGCCCCCCGCAGGACCCACCCCUCACGGCCCAGCCCACGCGAAAGGGUCUGAGGUCCUCGGAGUCCUGCAGCUUGAGUUCCUCCAGCGCGUCCUUCCUCUCCCUGGCGCCCUCAAGGUCCUCCUCCACCUCCUCCCUUGCGGACCAGACCAUGACCCCCGUCAAGGUGUACCUCCGCUUCAUGCGUCCGGACAUGGAGUACAAGACGCUGAGCCUGUCCUCGGGCGCCACGUGCCGCCAGCUGGUGCUGAUGCUGCUCGCCAAGUUCCGGCUGCGGCACCGCGACCCCAACCUCUUCUUCGUGACCAUGGAGGUGACGGUGCGCGUCCCGGGGGGCGGCGCCCCCGCGCGGCGCCUGCUGGUGCUGGACGAUCAGGCGCGGCCCGCGGAGCUGCAGCAGUGCCGCCCGCGGGGCGAGGCGCGCUUCAGCGUGGGCGUGCGGCGCGGCGGCCUCGUGCGCGUGCACGACGGGAUCCUCAUGCCCGGGUCGCAGUACAAGUCGCUGCUGGUCUCGUACCGCACCACGGCGGAGGAGCUGGUGCAGCUGAUGCUCAACUGCUACAACAGCAAGGAGAGCCCCGCGCGCUACGCCGUGCACGAGGUGUGCGAGAAGCCCUACAGCGACCGUCCGCUGCGGCGCGACGAGUACCCGCUGCUGGUGCAGAGCGAGUGGCCGAGGGCGCUGCGGCCCCGCCUCUCGCUGGUGCUGCGGCGCACCGCCGCCUACGGCAUCGGCCUGCAGCCCAGGACCUCCUGGCGCCACAGCCUCGGCCAAUCUGACCACAGCACCGACACCGACUCGGAGCAGGAGGACCCCGCCCCCCGCGGCCCCUGCCCCGCGUCCUGCCCCGCGCCCCGCCCCGCGCUGCCCCGGGCCUGCUCCAACGACAGCCUCCUCAGCAGCGACGCCGGGGACAUCGCCCCCUCCCCCUCCUCCCCCCCCUCUUCCUCCUCCUCCUCCAGGGUGUCAUGUGACUCGGGGUUCUUCUCUCCCUCCUCCUCCUCCGUCGCCUCCUCCGACUCUCCCGCCCCUCCCCCCUCCCCCUCGCCCUCCUCCUUAUCUUCCUCCUCCACCUUCACCUGCACCUCCCUCCACCAGGAAGAGGAGGAGCGUCCCCCCACCCCCUCCCCCACCCUCUACUCCUCCUCCUCCUCUCUUCCACAUACUCCAUCUCCUGAAGACACUGUUGCUUCCUCUUCCUCCCUCCUCCACAUACCUCCACCACCCUCCUCCUCCAUCACCACCUGUUCAGCCACCCACACGGCAUCCUCCCCGGUGUUCUCCAUGUGUCAUCUCCACUCCUCCACCUCCUCCCCCUCCUCCCCAGUGCCUCCACCCAGGAUUAGGCACUUACCUCCACCUUCCUCCAUCUCCUUCCCGUCCUCUCCCGUGCCUCCACCAAGGUCUAAGCACUCCUCCCUUCGCUCCUCCACCCGCUCCAUCCCUCCAUAUUUCCUCUCCUCCCUUUACCCCUCCUCCUACUCCUCUUCCUCUUCCUCCUCCUCCAUCCAGUCAAUCCCUCCACCCUCCACUGUUAACUCAUCUUUCACACCCACAUCCAUCAUCACCUCCUCCUCCUCCUCCACUUCCUCCUCCACCUCCUCCCUCCACUCAAUCCCUCCACCCUCCACUGUUACCUCAUCUUUCACACCCACAACCAUCACCUCCUCCUCCUCUUCCACUUCUUCCCCCUCCCGGCCCCCCUCCCCCCCGCCCGACCUGACUCACGACUCGGCGUCAGAAAGCAUCAAGCAGCUCACGGCCGCCCUUGAGUCACUGAGGUCGCUGACUAUUCGCUGCCCAGACUACAACUGCCUCUACAUCUGAGUCACGGUGUGACGAGGAGAGAAGAAGAAGAAGAAGAAGAAGAAGAAGAAGAAGAAGAAAAAGAAGAAGAACAUGAACAAGACAAACAAGAGCAAGAAAAAAAGAACAAUAAAAAAGACGACAAGACAGUACUGAAGAUGAACAAAGAUGAACAAAGAUGAACGAAGAUGAGGCGAGGCAAGCUGAGGUGAUGAAGAAGAAGAACCAGACCAAAGAAGAAGGUGAAGGUGAAGGGAGUGGCGGAGGUGAGAGAAGAGGUGAAGGAAGGGUGGAGGGCGGAAGGGAGGUGAGGAGAGGGGAGAGGAGGAAGAGGAGGAGGAGGAGGAGGAGGGGGGCAGAUAUGGACAAGGAGGAGGGGAGGAAGAAGAGGGUAAGAAUGUGGAUAGGGAUGAGGAGAGGGAGGAAGGAAAGAUGAUAAAAGGAAGGAGAGGAAUGGAAGGAAGGAGAAGAAAGGGGUGAGGAAGUGAGCGAGGGAAGGGAGGAAGAGGGGAAGAGAGGAAGAAGAGAGGAAGGAAGGAAAGAUGAGAAAAGGAGAUAAAAGGAAGGAAAGGAAUGGAAGGAAGGAGAAGAAAGGAGUGAAGCAAUGAGCGAGGGAAGAGGGAAGAGAGAAAGAGAGGAAGAAUGAGAAGGGGAGGAAGAGAGAAAAGGUGUGAGGAAAGGAAAGGAAAGGAGAGAAAGGAAUAGAAGGGAGGAGAGGAAAGGAGAGGAGAAGAGAAGGAAAGGAGGAGAGGAGGGAGAAGAAGAAGAUAAGAAAUGUGAACGGGAGAGGAAGAGAGGAAGGUGUGAGGAAAGGAGAUCAAAGGAGGAAGAGGAACAGAAGGGAGGAGAAGAAGAUGAGGGAGAGAAAGAGAUGAGUGAGAGAUGGAGAGAGGAUGAGACAGGAAGAUGAGAGAGAUAACCUAUAACUUCACCUUUCCCCCUCCUCCGCCUCUUCUUCCUCUUCCUCCUCUUCAUUCUUCCUCUCCUCCAAGGCAUCCAACCACAGACUCGCUUACCUGGAAAAGAAAAAAACAUGAAACAAUUAGUGUCAUUAAACGGAAAAAAUAAUAUCACAAACAAUGACUAAUGACACCCAUAAAAAAGUGCUGGAAUCCCUUAACUAGGCACUGAAAUAAAGGUCUGUGGAUUGGUGCAGUUCCCCCUCGUGAGAUGAAGGUAAAGAAAACGGGAGUGAGGAGAUUUUUUUUGUACAGGUAAACGUGAUGGAAAUGUAAACACAGGAGUGAGCCAGUUAGUGCAGGUAAUGGGUGAGAAUGUAACAGUUACCCCCUCCAAAAAAAAUAUCAUCCGCCUUAUGAACGAAAGCAUGAGAGAGUGAGCGAAGACUUGAGAGAAUGGACACUACAAGACCAAAAUGAGACCACAAGAAGACCAUUAGACCUACAAAAGGAAGCAUCUGUAGACCUAACCAUCUAUCCUCUUUAUCCAUCAACAGGAGAAGGAGCGAAAUUUUGAGAGAAUAGACACUAGGAGACCAAACAAGACCACAAGAAGACCAUUUAGCAUACACAAGGCAGCAUCUGUAGGCCUAAAACCAUCUAUCCCCUGUAUCCAUCAAUAGGAGAACGAGCGAAAUUUUGAAAGAAUAGAAGAUACAAGAACAUAAUAUUACUACAAGAAGGCCCAUCUGGCGUGUUUUAAGUUCGUUUUCAUAUUAAUUCAUAUUUUUGAAGUGUCAGAUCUUGGAUGCUAAGUGAAGUGAAAUGGUGUGUGUUGAGGUUCGUUGUCAUAUUACAUAGUGAGUUUUAUUUGUGUUACGGUAAAGGAAGCAGCUCAAUGGUAAAAAUAAAAAGAGAAAAAAGGACACUUGCACAGCUCCUAUAGAAGAAAGUAGAGAAGAGUAUGAGUUCUGGAUUGAUGCUAAGUGAAGUAUAUAUAUUAUUUUGGUUGUUCGUUUUAAGUUCAUAUUCACAAUUGUUCAUGUUCUGGGGAUGGAGUAAGUUCUUGAAUCCUGAGUGAAGUGUAUUUGGAGUGGGUUUAAGAUCGUUUUCAUAAUAGAUCAUGUUUUAAGGAUGGAGUAAGUUCUUGAAUCUUGAGCAAAAUGUAUUUGGUGUGGGUUUAAGAUCGUUUUCAUAAUAGUUCAUAUUCUGGGGAUGGAGCAAGUUCUUGAAUCCUGAGGGAAAUGUAUUUGGAGUGGGUUUAAGAUCGUUUUCAUAACAGUUCAUGUUCUGGGGAUGGAGUAAGUUCUUGAAUCCUGAGUGAAGUGUAUUUGGUGUGGGUUUAAGUUCGUUUUCAUAAUAGCUAAUGUUCUAAAAAUGGAGUAAGCUCUUGAAUCUUGAGUGAAGUGUAUUUGGUGUGCCGUUUAAAUCCGUUUUGAUAUUACUUAGUGUUCUUGAGGAGUGAAUUCUUGGAUACUAAGUAUAUUUGGUGUUUCCUGAAGGUCUUUAUAUAAUAGUUCCUGUUUUUGGGGAAGGAGCGAGUUCUUGAAUGUAAAGUAAAGUGUAUUUGGUGUGUCUUCCAGUUCAUUUUGAUAUUACUUAGUGUUCUUGAGGAGUGAAUUCUUGGAUGCUAAGUAUAUUUGGUGUUUCCUGAAGGUCUUUAUAUAAUAGUUCCUGUUUUUGGGGAAGGAGCGAGUUCUUGAAUGCAAAGUUAAGUGUAGUUGUGUGUGCUGAAGUGCGCUUUCAUACCACUUCACGUUCAGGGGCGGCGUCUGUUUUCCUUGCCUAACUGAGCCCCUCCGGCCAAGGUCACGGCCCGCCUGUGCCCCGCCUCGCCAGAUAACAAGACGCAAGGGCCGCGGGGUCACGCUCACCUGCCGACACCUCCCACUCGGGCCCACAGGUGUUCACGCGGAAGACAGACAGACAGACAGACAGACAGACAAACAGACAGACAGGCAGACAGACAGACAGAUUGGACAAUAGACAGGUAAAAAGACAAAGAUAAAAAGACAAAAACAGACAUAUACAGAAUGAUCGAAACAGACAGAAAAGACAGACAAUAGACAGAUAGGUAAGGAUAAAGAUAGAGGCAGAAAACAGACAAACAGACAGGUAGACAGAAUAACCAAGACAUAAAGACAGAAACCACGGAGACAGAUGGACAGCCGAGUAAACAGACAGACAGACACAGACAGACAGGAAAAAAUGACAAAAAACAAGUGCAAAUAUUAACCGCCUGACAAAACACAGACAGA